AUGGCGUCCCCAGUGUCCUCGGCGCCCGGCGGGGUGGCGGUGGUCGGCAGCGGGCUCAUCGGGCGGAGCUGGGCCAUGCUGUUCGCCAGCGCGGGCUUCAGGGUCAAACUGUUCGACAUCGAGCCUCGGCAGGUGACCGAUGCGCUGGUCAGCCUCAGGAAGGAGAUGAAGAUGCUGGAGCUGUCGGGGUACCUGAAAGGUGAGCUGGGCGCCGAGGAGCAGCUGUCACUCAUCAGCGGUUGCUCUGACCUGCGGGAGGCAGUAGAGGGCGCCCUGCACGUGCAGGAAUGUGUCCCGGAGAACCUGGAGAUGAAACGGAAGCUGUUCGCUCAGCUGGACAAAAUCACCGAUGACCACGUCGUCUUGAGCAGCUCCAGCUCAUGCCUGCUGCCCUCCAAGCUGUUCGCUGGCUUGGCACACGUGAAGCAGUGCCUGGUGGCCCACCCCGUCAACCCACCGUAUUACGUGCCACUGGUGGAGCUGGUCCCACACCCAGAGACGGCCCCCGCCACCGUGGACAGGACCUAUGCCCUGAUGCGGAGGGUCGGACAGUCCCCGGUCAGGCUCCUGAGGGAGGUUGACGGCUUCGCCCUGAACCGCCUCCAGUAUGCGGUCAUCGCUGAGGCCUGGCGGCUUGUGGAGGAAGGUGUGGUGUCUCCGGGUGACCUUGACCUCGUCAUGUCAGAUGGCCUGGGCCUGCGGUACGCGUUCAUCGGGCCCCUGGAGACCAUGCACCUCAACGCGGAAGGUAUGUUAAGCUACUGUGACAGGUACAGCGAAGGCAUGAAGCAUGUCCUGAAGACUUUUGGACCCAUUCCUGAAUUCUCUGGGGCCACAGCUGAGAAGGUGCACCAGGCCAUGUGCAUGAAGGUUCCGGAUGAUGCAGAGCACUUGGCUGCCAGAAGGGCGUGGCGGGAUGGAUGCCUCAUGAGACUCGCCCAGCUGAAGCACCAGCUACCCCAGUGA